UGUGUCUCCUCUGGCUUGCCGUACAUGCAAAGGUCCUUCGAAGCUGCGCAUGCGUACUAGAGUCAUAUCUGUCAGUGCAGGAAGGAGCAGUAAGAUGGACGGUGGGAUCGCGCCUGCUCCGCGGCCAGUCACGUUGGACAUCACAGUGGAAGAUGUGACUGAAGAAGCCCCGCAGCCCACCAGCCAGACCCCCUGCAGAGAACUUCUUCCCCAGGUAGACAGCAUCGACCUGGACGGGGGGUUUGUUACCCCUCAGGAGGACAGCAGUGCUACACCUUCAGACAGCCUGAUGGACAAGCUCAACGACCAGAUGAUGGAGAGCGUCAUGAUUUCUGACUCGCCUAAUAACAGCGAGGAGGAUGAGGUGGCUCCCAUGGACUCCCUUCUGGAUGGAGCAGAGAAGGAAGAGGACGCUUCGGGCGACGAAAACGGGCAAAGUGAAAUCGGUCAAAAUACAACUGAGAUCAAGUUUUCGCUGGAGGAAGAGGAGCCGGGUGGUUUCACGGAGAAAGUCGACGAGGACACACAAGGGCAGGCGGACACACGAGUGCAGAUCACGGCGUGUGUUUCGCCCGGAGGUGACGGGCAGAGCCCGUCGGAUGUGAACAGUGUGGAAGCAGCAGCUCAAGAAGCUAAAGGGACCAACCCGAAAGAUGAGGCCGUGCCGGUGUGCACCAUAUUCAGCCAGGCCAACCAGCCAAAGUCUCUUGUGCCCGAUGGCUUCCAGCCCACCCUCAUCAAGUCCCCGAGCUUCAGCAUGGGGAGUGCCGGAGGAGGCAGUGGGGCAGUUACCCCCAGCAGGCUGACGGCCCCCCUCGUGUGUCAGCCCAGCCCCAGCCUCAGCAAGUUCUUCAAUGACAAUGGACAGGUCAACCCCGCGUCCGACUUCUUCGAUUCCUUUACCGUCCCCUCCUCAUUCAUCUCCAUUUCAAACCCAAAUGCGGAGAUCCCUCCCGGCCCGAGCCCAGCGACCAUAGCCCACACGCCUGAGCACCAGCUCUCCUCGACCUCCUCCACCAUCUCAACCCCCGGAGGCCCUCCGGACUCUGGUGCUCCUACGCCCAGUUCGGUGUUUGCCCCUACGGAAUCCCCCGCCAAGGUCCAACUUCCUCCCCCCCAAGCAGCCCCAACUCCAAGUCAGGCCGCCACUCACCCGCAGCCCUUCAACCAGCUCCGCGCCGCGUUCUCGGGCAGCGAUGACCCCUUUGCGACGGCGCUGAGCCUGAGCGAGGUGGACCGGCGCCAUGAUGCCUGGUUGCCCUCUGAGGAGACCAGGAAGGUGUUGAUCUCCGUGGCCACCCAGCAGUACAGCCCGGCCUACGUAGAGAGCAACAGACCCACCAUGCCUGGACUCAAGUUUGACAACCUGCAGGGCGACGCCGUAAAGGACUUGAUGCUGCGUUUCCUGGGUGAACCGGCAGCGAUGAAGCGACAGGUCCUCACCGCCAACUCCGUGGAGCAGUCCUGCACAGGCCUCCAACGUCUCAUCAGCAGUAAGAACUGGCGUGCUGCGGUGGAUCUGACAGGCCGGCUGCUGACAGCUCACGGUCAGGGAUACGGGAAGGCCGGCCAGCCGAGCGCCCACACCACCGACUCACUGCAGCUGUGGUUUGUGCGGCUGGCCCUCCUCACCAAGCUGAACCUCUUCCAAAACGCUGAGCUGGAGUUUGAGCCCUUUGGCGACCUGGACCAACCGGACCUCUACUACGAGUACUACCCCACCGUGUACCCCGGGAGGAGAGGCUCCGUGGUGCCGUUCUCCAUGCGGCUGCUGCAUGCCGAGCUCCCCCAGUACAUGGCAAAGCCCCAGGAGGCUCUGGACCGCCUGCACAACCUCAAAACCGUCUGCCUAGCUAUCCUUGAGAACCUGGAGAACGGCUUGGCUGAGGAUGGCAGCAUGAUCACCGUAACACAGGAGAACAGGCAAAUGUCACAGCAGCUGUGGAGGUCUCGCCUCAACCGGGUCAUGUACUCAAUGGCCAACUGUCUGCUGCUGAUGAAGGACUACGUUCUGGCUGUGGAGACCUAUUACUCCAUCAUCCAGUAUGAACCCCAGCAGAGGGUGCAGCUCCUCAGCGGCAUAGGACGCAUCUUCUUGCAGAUUGGAGACGUUAAAACGGCAGAGAGGUACUUCCUGGAUGUGGAGACGGCCUGCCAGACGACCGGGAGCCAGCCGGCUCACAUCACCUGCGUGCUGAUGAACAGGGCUUUUGUCUACCUCAGUCAGAACAACUACGGUGACGCGCACGCCUCCUUCUCUGAAGUCUUGAAAAACGACCCAAAAAACCCCGUCGCCAACAACAACGCAGCGGUCUGCCUGCUCUACCUCGGGCGGCUGAAGGAGUCCCUGAGCCAGCUGGAGGGCCUGGUGCAGCAGGACCCGGCGCUCUACCUCCACGAGAGCGUCCUCUUCAACCUGACCACCAUGUACGAGCUGGAGUCGUCGCGCAGCACCCAGAAGAAGCAGGCGCUGUUGGAGGCCGUGGCCUGCAGGGAGGGGGACAGCUUCAACGCGCAGUGCCUCAAGCUGGUCUGAGGGGGGCACUCUCACAGCCGGGGGAUCAGUAAAGGGAGCCCACGCGAGCCCCACAGUGUGGGUUGACACUGUGCAAAGGAGGAAGUCCUCUCCAGAGGUCCCAUGUUCAUUUUACAGAUUAAAUAGUUUGACAUUUUGGGGAAAUGUGCUGACUUGCAGUGAGUUGGUUGAGAAGAUUGAUUCAAGUUGUGUCUGCGAUGUUAAUAUAAAGCUCAUGAUACAGAAAAGAGAAAAGAAUUUGAUGGACUGGACCUUACAUGUGUUAUAAAAGACUCAAUAUAUUUGUAGGAAGGCUUGAAUAUCAAGCAAACGAGCUGAUCUUCUCAUCUGAAGCUCCGUGAGAAGGCAAAUUAAAGCAUUUCCUGAGAACGUCAAAACUGUUGCUCCAAAUUUUUUUAUCGAAAACAAUCGCGGCCCCCCCCCAGCGCCACGGGGCAGCCGUCAGAGCACGUUGCACCCUCGCAGUGGGCAUUACCCCGAGCAGAGACCACUGCAGUCACUAAAAGGAUCUUAUUGGGAAUCUCAGUGUACAUAUCACAGCUGUUCUUUCUGUGUGAUGUUAAGUCUUUUAUUGAUUUGUCCGAGUGGAUCUUUAAUUAUCACAUAUUGUGUUGAUCAUAUUAAUGUGUUUUACCCUAAAUAAAACUAUUAUUUUAAAACUA